AAAAGUGGCAGAGAAAUUUAGUUUAUAGGGUAAAAAAGAAUCAAGGCAAGCAGAUUGUGGAAGCAGUGAGGACAUACCAUGGCCAGGCAACCACAUGUAAUAGUCAUACCACACGCAGCGCAAGGCCAUGUUGCUCCUCUCAUGAAGUUGUCCCUCCAAAUUGCAGCUCAUGGAGUGAAAGUCACAUUUGUUAAUACAGAAUUCAUACAUGAGAAGGUUAUGGCUUCCCUGCCGGCGAAAGUUGAGGAGGAGAAGAGGCUGAUAAGCCUAGUUUCAAUUCCUGAUGGGUUGGAACCAGAGGAUGAUCGACAAGAUUUUGUUAAGCUGACAGAAAGUAUAUUGAGAGUUAUGCCUGGCAAUUUGAGGAACUUGAUUGAGAACAUUAAAAGGUCUGAUGUUGAUGAGCAAAUCGUUUGUGUUAUAGCUGAUAUGGCGGCUGGGUGGGCACUUGAAGUUGCCAAUGAAAUGGGAAUCAAACGAGUGGCGGUGCUUCUUUCAGGACCAGCAAGCAUGGCCCUGGCACUACAUGUUCCACAGCUUAUAGACGCUGGAAUCAUAGAUACCGAUGGAACUCUAAUAAAAGAUGAAUCGAUCAUACUUUCAGAGGAUAUCCCAGCCUGGAGGAGCUCUGACUUCUCAUGGAGCUGCUCCGACCCAGUUAUGCAGAAAGUUCUAUUUGUAUAUGUUUCUACUGCCCUCAAAACUUUCAAAUUUGCCGAUCAGCUUCUGUGCAACACAUUUUAUGAACUAGACUCAUCAGUCAUGAAAUUGAUUCCCAAAGCCAUACCCAUUGGUCCAUUUUUAGCAAGUAACCAUAUUGAAGCCUUUGCUGGAAAUUUUUGUCCUGAAGACUCCACUUGCUUAAGCUGGCUUGAUAAACAACCUGCAGGCUCUGUCGUUUAUGUAGCUUUGGGUAGCACAACAAUCUUAAAUCCACAGCAAGUAGAUGAACUAGCACUUGGUCUUGAACUCACUGGCAUUCCAUUUUUAUGGGUAAUCAGCUCCAACCUGACAAAUGGGUCAACAGCAAAAUUCCCUGAAGGUUUCAUAGAUAGAGUGGCUGAUCUUGGCAAAAUUGUCGAAUGGGCGCCUCAGGAAAAGGUAUUAGCUCACCCUUCUGUUGCUUGUUUCGUGAGCCAUUGCGGAUGGAAUUCCACCUUGGAAGGUCUAACCAUGGGGAAACCCUUCCUAUGUUGGCCAUACUUUGCUGAUCAAUUCCAUAACAGGAGCUACAUUUGUGAUGUUUGGAAGAUUGGUCUGGCAGUGGAUAAAGAUGAGAAUGGAAUCAUAACAAGGAAUGAAAUGAGUACAAAGAUCAAAACACUGAUCUCUUCUGAUGGAAUAAAAGCAAAUGCAUUGCAGCUGAAGGAAGUUGCUAGAAAAAGUGUCAAUGAAGGUGGCUCUUCUUUCAAAAAUUUUACAAGCUUUAUUGAACUCAUAUGGCAUUAACCACCUUUUCUGAUAGAUUAAAACU